AUGGCUCCAAUUACUACUAAAAAAUCUAAAGCUGCUAAGAAAUUCGUCGUUGACGUUUCAGCUCCAGUUGAUAACGGUGUUUUCGAUCAAGAAGGUUACGUUAAAUAUUUAGUUGAACAUAUCAAAGUUGAAGGUAUUGUUGGUAACUUAGGUGAUGAAAUCUCUAUUACUUCUGAAGGUGCUAAAGUUGUUGUUGUUUCCAACACCAAAUUCUCUGGUAAAUACUUAAAAUAUUUAACUAAAAGAUAUUUAAAGAAAAACCAAAUUAGAGAUUGGAUUAGAUUUGUUGCUACCAAACAAAACCAAUAUCAAUUACAAUUCUACUCAGUUGCUGAAGAUGAUGAAGAAGAAGAAGCUGAUGAAGAAUAA